CCACGAAUUUCUGGUCAGCUGCUCGCGUGACACCCUACUUUUCACUGUUUGCUGGAAUAUCGUCUAAACCAGACGAAAGUUGUGUAAUUUCCUGAAAUCUGGAGGCAAAAUUGUGGCACCAUGAACGUGGAGGACCUGUAUUGGUUUGCGUUCACCGUGGUCACAAUUGUGAGCUUUUUCACGUUCAAGCUGCUGACGAGGCAUCGCCGGUUCUUCACGGCACGGGGCGUGCCGUACGAGAAGCCACACUUUUUGUACGGCAAUCUGAACGCGGUGCUGAGCGGGAAGGUGUCCCCGCUAGAACAUGUGCAGGAUUUUUACCGGAAGUAUGACGGGGAGAGAAUCUUCGGCUUCUACAACUACCUCAGUCCGGUGUUCUACAUCCGUGACCCGGAGCUGAUCCGACGCCUCUGGGUCCAGCAGUUCGACCACUUCGCUAACCAUGGCUACUUCCUAGACGAGUCCAAGGACCGCAUCCUGGGCAACCAGCUGCACCUGCUCAAGGGCGACAAGUGGCACCAAAUGCGGGCGACGCUGAGUCCGGUGUUUGCCAGCCGGAACGUGGCACUGAUGGCGUCGUUGAUCCAGGCGAAUUCUCUGGACAUGGUAGAGUAUUUGAAGAGCUCGGUGGAUCCGGAGCUGGAGUUCAAGGGCGUUACGCUGAAGCACGUGUUCAACGUGAUCGCGGGGUGUGCUUUCGGGCUGGAGUUGAACACGUUUCGGGACGAGUCGGACAGGUUCUGCCAGAUUGGGAGUUCACUGGUUUAUGGGAACAGUCCGGUGCAGACGCUCAAGACGAUGUGCUUUUAUUUGUUCCCGAAGUUGAUGACUCGGAUGGGAGUUCAGCUGAUGGAUGCCGAGCAAUCGACGUACUUUUUGAAUCUUUUAAGGAACACGAUUAGCGAGCGGGAGAAGACGAACGCCAACCGUCCGGAUGUGAUACAGUUGCUGAAUAGGGCGAACAAAGGAGAACUGAAGCUGGAAAAGGACGACGAUCCGGGUUAUCUGCAGAUGAAGGACUUCUCCAAGCGGAAAUGGUCGGAUGAAGAGUUGGUAGCGCAGUGUGUUUCCUUCUUCGGAACCGGCUUCGAAGGGUUGGUCAACCUUUUAUCGUUCGCAACCCUAGAACUGGCCGCAAACCAAGACGUUCAAAACAAACUGCUAGCAGAGAUUGAACAAACUCUCCAAAAAGGCCCUCUCACGUACGAAUCGAUCAGUCAAAUGACCUACCUGGACAUGGUGGUCAGUGAAACACUACGAAAGUGGCCCGCUUUCCCAUCCAGCGAUCGAGAAUGCUCCAAGGAUUACCAACUCAACGAGGACGGACUGCAGUUGAACUUCCGCAAGGGUGAUUCCGUGUGGGUGUCGGUAUGGGCGCUGCACCGGGACGAGCGGAACUUCCCCGAGCCGGAGCGGUUCGAUCCGGAGAGGUUUUCCGAAGCUAACAAGCAGACGAUUCGACCGUUCACUUACAUGUCGUUUGGCGUUGGACCGAGGAGUUGUAUCGGAAACCGCUUCGCCCUGCUGGUGGCCAAAAUAACUCUGGUUGAUUUGAUCCGCAAAUUCAAGCUCAGUCCCGGCUCGAAGCUGGUGCAACCGAUCCGACUGUCCAAGGUAUCGAACGGAAUGGAACCGGAGGGAGGAUUUUGGCUGCAGAUCCAGCAACGGUAGUGUGUUUAGUAUUCGUAGGAUAUUACAAUAAAGCUCCAUUUUCGAAUUCCUGA